GUGAGGAUACGGUGAAGUUUGGAUCGGUGUAUUUUAUAAUCGAGUCAAAAAUAUUACGGAAUGUUUGCACUAUUGUGUCAUUCAAUGAUAAGCAAUAAGCUACUUUUGCAAACUACCCGAUUUAGUGCAAUUCGCUCUUUCAAUGUAAAAAAUUCCAUGAAACUCGGAUUCCCGUGCGCUUACACCGAUGAAGAAACCCGCAAAAUCUUAAACACAUUAAAUGAACAGGAUGUUGAACAGCUGUACAAGUACGACAUCUCUAAAUCUCGGCUAAAACGAAUUGAAAUUUGGCGUAAAAAAUUUGGAACAUUCAUGUCUCUUGAACAAGUGUUGGAGCUUGAUGGGUUUGGUAUUACAGUGUUACGCAGAUUUUACGAUUCAAUUAUUACCAGUCCAAAAGAUAAUGUGAUGGUUCCGCCGAAAGUGGCUAAAAAAGAUCCAACGUUUACGACACCUACCUUUCCUGGUGAUCUAGCAACUAAAGUUCAAAGUUGCGUUUCAUUGUACAUUGGUUUGGAUUUUGUAACUUGGGCGAAGUUUCAUAUAGCAAACGAGAAACCAACAGUAUUGAACGGCUGGAAUAGUUUUGCGAUACCUGAUCGAAAGUUACAUAUCAGCGAUUUGAUUCGCAUGGUUAAUCAGAUCAACCGGCUCAUUCCGGAGGGUGAUGUUUACGUAGUAGAAAACCCUGCUGUAGCACAAACAGUUGUUGGCGGAAGUGCGCUAAAAACUAACAUCAAUAUUCAAAAAUCACAACUGAUUGCCAUGAUAAUGCUUAUGUUGACAAGUCGAACUAGAGAAAACAUAGCGAUUACAGAUAAUAUUUUCUUUUUAAAGCAAUUCACUUCCGCACGUUUGUUCGAAAUCUUUGUUGGAACUGAGAGAGUUUCAUGCGAAAAUGUAGUUCGAUCGCUACUAGAAUGCCAAGUAGGAUUAAAUGAAGGCGCUUUAGAGCAAGUUCAGUCAAAAGUGAUAGUUCCUUCUGGGCUAAAAAUUUUGUACGAAGAAAAGCAUGAUGCAGAACGUGAAUUUUUAGGACAAUCAUUAUUAUUAGGUUUGACGUUUGUAAGGUUGUGUAUUGUACAGUGUAAAAACAGCUUAAAUAUACUGAGAAAAUGAAUAGUAAUAUUAUAAACAAAUGAUAGCAGUCAUAAAAGGAGUACUAAG